AUGGCCAAGAGACCCGCGGAUGCCUUCGACGAGCAGUCGGCUGCCUUGAAGGCAGGCGACCGCCCAAUGGAAGAUGCCCCUCCUGAUGAGGACGAGUUUGAGAGUGAAGAUGAGAUUUUUGAGGCAGGCGUCGAUGGUCGCCCUGAUGCUGAGCGCGAAGAGGAAGAGAAAGAAGCAAUGGAAGUUGAUAAAGAGACGUUUAUUCCUGGACGUACGAAGUUGGCACCCGGAGAGACGCUGUCACCAGAUACCUCGACCUACGACAUGCUCCACACUUUGAGUACGCCGUGGCCCUGCCUUUCCUUUGACAUUGUGCGGGACUCACUUGGUGACAACCGCAAGACAUUCCCGGGAACUGUAUAUGCCGUCUCGGGUACCCAGGCCGAGGGUGGGAGGGCAAAGGAUAAUGAGCUUAUGGUGCUCAAGAUGAGCGGGCUGAGCAAGAUGGAGAAGGAUGGCGAGAACUCAGACGAGGAGUCAGACUCGGAUGACGACGAGCUAGGGGAACCAAUCCUCGAACACAAGUCAAUUCCCUUGGGAUCAACCACAAACCGCAUUCGCACCCACCAGACACCUUCUCAAUCCGCAGAUUACUCGAAGCCUCCGCAGACUCUCACCGCGACCAUGCUCGAGAACUCGCAGAUCCUCAUUCACGAUGUCACUACCCACCUCACCAGCUUCGAUGUACCUGGCACUGUGAUUCCCCCCUCUGCGAACAAGCCUCUUUCAACCCUUCGAAUGCACAAGUCCGAAGGUUACGCCUUAGACUGGUCCCCUCUUCAGCCUUUAGGGAAGCUCCUGACCGGUGACAAUGAUGGUUUGAUAUACGUUACUAGCCGCACUGAAGGUGGCGGCUGGGUGACCGACAACCGCCCGUUCACCGGCCACAGUUCAUCAGUUGAGGAAAUCCAAUGGUCACCCAAUGAGCGUAAUGUGUUCGCUUCUGCAAGUAGUGACGGAAGCGUCAAGGUUUGGGAUGUGCGGUCCAAGUCUCGCAAGCCCGCCGUGGAUGUUCACAUCUCGAAGACCGACGUCAAUGUCAUGAGUUGGUCUAGCCAAACCUUCCAUCUCCUUGCCACCGGCGCGGAUGACGGUCAGUGGGCUGUCUGGGAUCUGCGCCACUGGAAGCCUGACACUGCUGCUCCUUCAUCUCAGAUCAAAUCAUCCCCUGUCGCGUCGUUUGAUUUCCACAAAGAGCCUAUCACUAGCAUUGAAUGGCACCCCACAGACGAUAGUGUUGUUGCUGUUGGAUCGGCUGACAACACAGUCACCCUGUGGGAUCUAGCCGUCGAAUUGGAUGACGAGGAGAACAGACAGGCGGGCAUGGCUGAUAUUCCUCCUCAAUUGCUUUUCGUUCAUUACAUGGAGUCCGUGAAGGAGGUCCACUGGCAAGCCCAGAUGCCCGGAACGCUCAUGGCAACCGGCAGUGGUGGAUUCAGUGUUUUCAAGACCAUCAGUGUCUAG